AUGGACAAAGAGACGAAUACAGCACAAAAGACCAACGGUACAGAGAUUUGUACAGGGCAGGAAAUAAUUGGCUCGGGCAUAGAAACGUUCUCAAGUAAUGACACAGAGUAUGUCUUGGUCAAGGAUUUGGCAAGCCAAUGGGGCUAUACCUCGUCCUACCAAUUGAUAAGUGCACUUUUAAAAGAUGGCGUGUUGAAAUCGCAAAUCUUGAAAACUACUCGGGAGAUUAAUGAAAGUUUGAUUUCACUGGGAUCGAUCGAAGACGCAGAUAUUGAUCGACAUUUCUUUUAUAUAGCAACUCUGGUGGUAUCCUCAGUUGUUAGCAAAGAGCAAGGUUUGGUAAAGAGUUUUGUGGCUAAAAACGGUUAUCUGCAAGUGGAACUCAGUAAUGUCGCAAGCAAGCAGUCGGCUGUUUCUGGAAAAAAUGGUGGCAUUAGAAAUAGUUUUGGUGAAGAAGAUGCUGGUGGUGAUAGCGGUAAAGACAAAAACAGCGACGAGGAUGUUGACGGUGAAGAAGAUGAGGAAGACGAGGUGGACGACCCAAGUGAACCCCUCGAGCUGGUUGAGGUGGAGAAAUCAGGGAAAGAACAAGAGCAAGAACAAGAACAGGAAAGAAUUACUGGAAGAAAAGAAUACUAUAAAACACUAGUGAGUGGUGGAGGCAAGGAUGCAAAUAGUUUUUCAAACAAAGCUUCUUUGGGCAAAAAGCCCAAGCAUGUUCAUAAGCACGCCAAAGACUUUGAAUCCAGGAUGGAGGAUGUGGUAACUGUGGGGCAUGUGUUUCCGCAGUAUGGAGCGGUUGAGUCCUCUACGAAAUUGAAUCAUGCUCAAUUUGGGUGCUUGAACCAGUUCAGUAAAUUGAAUUACUACAAGAGUUUGACGCCACCGGGUCUCAAAUUCCUCCCUAAUACAAAAUUGACUUUUUACGAGAGGGAGUUGGUGGAAGAAGCACACAAUUACUCUCACAUUGAUAUAGAUGAACAUGAUGCAUCUGACGAUAAACAAAGAGCUUUUUUGAGAAAAUCCAUAGGUAAAUCAAAAAAGAAUAAUAUCCAUCUUGAUCCCAAUACGGUGGAUUUGAAUGAGACAGUGAUUCCGGGUCAGGGAUACAUUGGAGAGUUUAGCAUCAAUCAUAUCUGCAAAGUGCCCAACUACUACGUCACCUCCAACCACACAACGAUGCCGCAGUCUGUUAGUGCCAGGAAAUUAAACUCAUCAUCAAACUCGCUGUUUUUGUUCAAUGAAGGCUCGAGAUUGUCUAAAAACGUUCAGCAGCUAGUAUUUAGCAACGAAAAUGAUAACCAUUCGCAUCACAAGUACUAUUACACAAAGAGUUAUCGUGGUCCUGGGUCAGGAAAUUACAAAGAUGCGGCACUCAUGAAUAAGAUUAAUAAGAUACAUCUCACCGAAAGUAAGAAGAAACAUUUCAAAAGAAACGUUCUUAGAGAUAAAAAGUAUACACAGAAUUUAAAAGGAUUGGUACACGAAAAGUUCAACAAGGAAUAUGUUGAGUCUUUAUUGACUGACCAACGACGAUACACUGAGGAUUAUUCCAAUGUUGAAAUCUUGCAUAACAAUUUGCAGUAUAAUGUCCUUUUGAACUCUUAUAGAGACAUAUCACGCGAUACAUGGGGCACCUAUUACAAGUUUAAGCUUUUUGAUUUUGAGCAGUACAAGGCUUUGCAAGAGGAAGAAGCUGAUAAGGAGCGCCGUGAUCAAAAUGUAGUGGAGCAAAGGAAAUGGACAGAGGACGACAAGCUUAGACAGGAGAGGCUUCGUAUGCAAAGUGAAGAAGAGCGCGAUCAGCUUGUCGAAUUGCAGAAAACGUUUUCCGAAAAGAGUCAGCAAAUGGAGGAGAGAAAACGCAGAGCACAGUUGGAUCCUUCGGUUGAGGACAAGAUUGAUGAAGACGAAUUUGUCAAGAGUGCCGAAGCUCUUCGCGAAGAAUUUGAGGCAAAGAGACGCGAUAUUUGUGAAUCAUUUGCCAAACGCAAUGCUGCGCUUGCGGAAUCUACAAAACCCCCUGUGCCUGUAGAGACGCCACAGUUGGACGUGGUUUCAAGAUUCUCUUUGCCAGGAGAGUUUAGAGAAAUUGUGAAACACUUGCCAUUAGAAUUGCGCUCAACGGAAUUAUUACAGAAAGAAAUUCCUUCAUUGAAAAAACCCAUACAAUACGUAACUACUAUUCCCGGAAAACCUGAUAUGGAGUACUUGACGAAAAUCGAGGUGAUUAAAUUUCCAAAUCCAAACUCACUCGGUUGGGACAACUUGAGGAAAUAUAAACAAUAA